AAAAAUUAGGCCGAAUUUGGUACGAAAAUAAAGUACAGUGAUGGGUAAACGAUAUUACUGCGAUUUCUGUGACAGAUCAUUUGCUGACCGUGGUGUGAACAGAAAGAAUCAUUUCAAAGGCUUACAACACCAGCGCAUGAAGAAACAACACUACGAUAACUUCCGUGAUGCUGCCACUAUCCUUGCUGAAGAUUCAAUGAAGACUCCGUGCAAAAGAUUCUUUAAUGGUACGUGUGAUUAUGGUGAUGGCUGCAAGUUUUCACACAUGACACCUGAGAGACGCCAGUAUCUUCAACAGCAAGUCACAAAAGAUAAGGAGGAGAAAGAGAGGAGACAGCACAAGGAAGAAUCAGAACCAACACUGGAGGAAUGGUUAGAGAAGCGAAACAAGAAACUCAGAAAAGACCAUCCAUCUGAUAGUACAGCUGAAGUACAUUAUGAGUUACCUCCCUUCUUGAUGAGUGUACCAAAUUUACCUCCAUCUUUGUUACCUCCAACUGCUGAAGAGUUGUUGAAUAAACCUCAGUGUGAGUGGGGUUGAAUGGAUUAUGAAAUAUAUUGCUUACAAGUGAAAAUAAUAGUGGAUGAAGAUUAUUCCAAAAUUUUCAUUUUAAAGUUUGAGGUGAUAAAGCAAGUGGAGACUGUUUAUAGCAGGAAUGGCAAGAUUUAGCAAGGAAGAAGUCCUACACCACAGUGCAAAACAACAAUAAAUAGACAGAUCAGCGGAUAAGACAAAGUGAAUGAUAAGAGAACUUUUGAUAUUUAAAGCCAGUUACAUAGACUUUUAGGGUGGAAUUGAGGCUAUUGUAAUACCUAAAAAUUCAAGCGUAAAAAUAUACAUCUUAUAUUUGUUUCUUGCCUUUUUGAGAGUAGAUAUAUAUAUUUGUACAAUGUAGAGAUGGUACUUACCCAAAUAAAUCAAAGGGGGACAACUCUGAAUUGAUCAAUAAACUGAAGCCAACAUUAAACAUUGAUAAAAAGUGAAAGAAAAAUCAGAUAGGUCCUUUUUCAAAAAACUUAUCAGGCAGACAAAAUAUGACCUACAUUUGUUUAAAUCCUAUUGUAUUCAAUAUACAAUAUGCACGCUUUUCUCAUGACUUACACAGACAGUUAUUUUGUAAGUUGUAGUGAGGCCCUGAUAGAAAGUUUAGUAAUGCAUGAAGAUUAAUAGAAUAAUGCAUACAUUCCUUUGAAGAAAAUAAACGACAUUAAGAAA